AUGGCAGGGGCAGAGUGGGCAGCAUCACCCCUCAGUGUCUUCUACUGGUCUGUGAGAGGGCUGUGGUCCCCCGAGGGAGGCUCUCCUACAGGCAGCCACACGCGGCGGCCGACUGCACCGCAGGACCACCGAGACGCCGGGACCUCCACGCAGCCUAGAGCGGUCCCGGAAGUGCCCGCGGGCGGGGGCGGGGCUCCGGGCGUUCGGGCCGCCGCGGGCUCCGCGUCAGCACCAGUCGCGGAGGGAGGCCGCGUCGGCCGCGGGUUGGAGCAGCUCAGGUGCGGCCCCGCCCCGCCCGCCCGCGGCCCCGCCCCGUCCCAGGUGAGCGGCUCCGCCCCGGACCAGUGUGGGAAGGCCUUCAGCCAGAGCUCGCACCUCCUCAGACAUCAGAUCAUCCACACCGGGGAGAAGCCCUACGAAUGCCCGGAAUGUGGAAAAGCUUUUCGCCAGAGCUCGGCCCUCACGCAACAUCAGAAAACCCACACUGGGAAGAGGCCUUAUGAGUGUAGAGAAUGCGGGAAAGAUUUCAGUCGGAGCUCGAGUCUCAGAAAACACGAGAGAAUUCAUACCGGAGAGAAACCUUAUCAAUGUAAGGAAUGUGGGAAAUCCUUCAACCAGAGUUCAGGCCUGAGUCAGCAUCGGAAAAUCCACACCCUAAAGAAACCUCACGAGUGUGAUCUCUGCGGGAAAGCCUUUUGUCACAGGUCCCACCUCAUUAGGCACCAGAGGAUUCACACUGGGAAGAAACCAUACAAAUGUGAAGAGUGUGGGAAGGCCUUCAGCCAGAGCUCUAACCUCAUCGAACAUCGGAAGACCCACACCGGCGAGAAACCAUACAAAUGCCAUAAGUGUGGGAAGGCCUUCAGCCAGAGCUCCUCCCUCAUUGAGCACCAGCGGAUCCACACCGGGGAGAAGCCCUAUGAGUGUGGCCAGUGCGGGAAGGCCUUCUGCCACAGCUCUGCACUGAUUCAGCACCAGAGAAUCCACACCGGGAAGAAACCCUAUGCAUGCAACGAGUGCGGCAAAGCCUUCCGGCACAGGUCAGCCCUUAUCGAGCAUUAUAAAACCCACACCAGAGAGAAACCCUAUGAGUGUAACAAAUGUGGCAAGUCCUUCAGGGGGAGCUCACACCUCAUUCGGCAUCAGAAAAUCCAUGCUGGGGAGAAGCUCUAGAAGGAAGCGCGCACACCAAAGCAUGCAAGUCUUUCCCAGAUGGAGCCCGCAACCAAUCACUUUGUCUGCAAGGCCCUGCCCACCUCUCUGAUAACAGUGCUGAACCUAGGUGCUCCUGAGUACCCACACCAGCUGCAAGGACCCCUGUUGGCCCUCACCAGGUGCCCUGCGCUCAGCACGUUUACUGAGCGGAAGAGAAGGUGGGGUAAUAGGAAGGCCACAAGAAUGGAGGUGUGCCCAAAAAGAGCUGGCCUUCGGUUUUCUCAUUCUUAUAUUUGACUUACAAGCCUAUGAGGCUUCAUUUUGCCCUCUAGUCCAUAAUCCAGAAGAGGAAUAAACGUAACAGGGAAAGAGUUGACUUAAACCCAUGAAGAUGUUAGGUGAACUCUUUAAUAUCAUACUGAAGUCUGGCACUUUUAGAAGAAGUAACCAUGCUCACAGCCCAAAUCAGCUGAAGAAGAAUGAAUCCAAAAAGUAGAUACCUCAGCCACAAAACAGAAUCUUCUGCCUGGCUUGGACACUGGUGGGGACAACCAAAACAGGUUACAGAUAAAAGCGAGGGCCUGGGAGGAUAGUUCUGGGGUUGGGAGUGAGGGUGUGAGUUCCUGGUGUGGUCUCCUAAUCCUGUUCUGUGUUAGAGUGAGGGUGGUCUCUUUCACAGGAGGGUAGAGGUUUGGUCCUAUAGGCCAGAGGACAUUUGAUGCCCAGCUCUGACUCAGCCCAGGCCUGAGGCAUUAGCAACUAACCCCUCCACAAGACUCAGGCCCCCAGGACUGUGGCGUGCCUUGGAUGUCAGCAGGGCUUGUUUCUGUUCUGUAUGCAGCCUCCUUUCUGCCCUCCAGUGCUGGAGGAUGUUGGAAGCAGGGUGAUUUGAUCAGAGGUGCAGGUUCAAGUGUCAGUUCUGCCCCUUCUGCCUGUGUGACCCUGAGUAAGCCCCAAGACUGUUUUCCCAUCCAUGCAGUGGGGAUAGUGGGACCUGGCCACAUACUUCUAAAGGUUGGCGCAAGGCUCCUGGUGGUUGAGGAUGGACACUCAGAAUGACCCCUCUCCCACCAGGACACUGCAGAGACACUGUCCCUGCAGACUGGAGAGACAUUCCCCCUCCGCCCUC